AUGGAAGUGCUGCUCAAAAGAUUUCUUUUGCAGGAAGGUGCCUUAUAUCUGUCAAUGCUUCCGACAGAUGCUUUACAAGCCACUGUCAUCAAGGAAUUGAUGCUAGAAUUCGAGGAAAGUCGGUUCGCUUGUAUCACAACUGAAACAUCACGGAACGAUGCCCUGUUUUCUAAUCUCGCCCACUACACGGUAAACAAUGGCCGACAAGCGGCCUCACCAAGGUGCAUUAUUCUCAGAGAAGACAAUCUGAUGGAAAAACUCAGCGCUGGAUUAGCAGCCAUCAGUGCAAGCGGCGUGCGGGUGCUCGUUGUACACUGUAAGAGCAAUGAGAGUACUGCCAUAAUAGCGCUCGCGAGAAAAUUCAGGUUUAAAUUGCUGGGACAAGAUUUUGUGUGGAUUUUCACUGAUAAAGCUGUUACUGCGGACGCAAGUUCUUUUCCCGAAGGCUCAUUUGGCAUAGAAAUCGCUCAAGGGAUUGGAAAUGCCAGUAUGUUAACGUUAUACAAAAGACUGUUAGAAGACUCGGUGAAACUAUUUGCCAACGGUUUGAUGAACGCGGUCACUGGCUUAACGCACAGAACAAAGUUGGAACGUCUGAAGGGGGAGCUUUUUACCACUCACAAAAGGCAGAUUUACAGGGAAAUGGUAUGUCAGAGUUUCCCUGGCCAAACGGGACCAGUCCAAUUCAGUCGCAACGGGGAACGAACCUCAUUCAGAUUUACCAUCGUCAAGGCCGUGCGACAGCACGAAGAGGCACAAGUUUGGCACGUCAUGGGACAUGCUUGUCCAGAAUGGAUCCAUGAUGACGGCCCACAUAAUCUAAAGGCCUUCUUACCAAAGGACCUACCCAAGCCGCGCCACUUGAGAAUAGUGACCAUUAAACACGAGCCUUUCACAGCGAUCCACGACGUCUAUUACAGCAGUAGACUGGGUACGAGUUGUCCGGCUAACACAGUCCCUUGUAGAGAGUUCAAUAACGGCAGCCACACUUCCUCAAACACGGCUCACGGAGGAUUGUGGAAACAAAGCGAAGGUGCCUCGAAAAUCCUGUGCUGUUACGGUGUUAUGAUCGACAUUUUGUUAAAAAUCUUAGAAACUGAAGAGUUCUCGUUCGAUCUUUACCUAGUCAAGGAUGGAAAAUAUGGAUCCCUGGACCCGGACACCAAACAAAUGAACGGAAUGAUCGGCGAUGUUUACCGAGGAUUUGCCGAUCUUGCUCUCGCAGUGAUUACGAUCACCGAAGAGCGUUCGGAGUACGUCGGUUUCACGACUCCUUACAUCGGAACUUCGCUGAAGUUCCUGGUCAAGCGGUUUAAAUCGAGGCCUAGAAAUUUUGCGCAAACAAUAAGCGACAUGCGACUUAUGAAAUCCUUUAGCAUGGAGUUGUGGUUUACAUGUUUAGCAGCUUUCUGUGCCAUUGCAAUAACCGUAUGGGGAAUAGAGAAAGUGUAUUAUUACAGGGAACAUAGAAGUCCGUAUCUUUUACCCUUCGAAUUCGUGGCUUACGUUUACGGUAACAUAUUUCAUGUACCACUCACGAAAAUUCAGGCCAAGACUUACUCCGUUCCUGUUGUGAUGGUAGUAGCGAACUUUGCAGCCCUAGUGUUAGUGAGCUCGUACACGGCCAACUUACUGGCUUCUCUCAUCACUGUGGAAGACAUCACUGUCGUAUCAGGCAUCGGGGACGAAAAGGUAAGUUCGGUAUAUUCAGUUUGUGACUGUUAAAAGUUGAAUACUUUGUCUACAUUUUCUUUUUGAUUGUUUCCAAUUAUCCACAAAGGAAAGCGCCCUCCUACCGAAAGAGAGACUUCUUUUCUAAACGUUAGAUUAAUUCUACAGGCAUGCAAUCAAAGAAUAUUCCUAGUCGGUUAGAACAUAAUCAGUUUUAACAGCUAUAACUGACGUGUCAAUAUAGUGAAACUGAAAGAACUGCUAGCACGGCAUACCUCAGUGAUACUUACAUUAGUUUAACGCUGGUAGCUCCAAUAACGAA